CGUUGCGUAACUUGCGAAAUGGCUCAUGCCGUCGCCCGCACUGUUUUCCCUUCCCUCGUACACGCUUCGGGACGACAUUGAGCGUUAUAUCUCGAGUGAUUAUGUCAGUGGGCGGGGCGAGGGCGCGCGCGACUCGCCACUGACUCGGCAACAUGAACGCACGCAGUAUAGACUUCGGCAUGUCCGUGGAGGGCGAGCAAGUGGGCGAAGUCCUGGCCAGCAUCUUCCACACCGUGCUCUUCCACCGCUCCAGCGGCAAGUUCACCUACAACAACGAAGAGAGCUACUCCAUCCGCACCGUCAGCUACGUGGACGUCGACUGCGACUUCAUAGACUUCACCUACGUUUGUUGCGAAUCGAAAAUGCUAGUCGAGAAUGUUGAGAGAGAAAUCUCACGCUUCUCCAGCGGUUUGCGGGGAAACGCCGGCAAAUCGUCACCGCCGCGGGGGUCCAUCAGCCUCGAGUUUUUCCAGAAGCGACGAGCGCGAUGGCCCUUUCAGCAAGAGUGUGUUCCGUGGGAGGUUUGGACGGUGUGUUGCGAGCUCAUAGGCAGCCGCAACGAGCAGGACAAACGGAACAAACACGAGAACUUAAUCGAGACUUUGCAGGAGAAGAUCGUCUACAUCACCGAAACCAUAAACCGGCACGAGUACGUCCCCAAAAUGCCGAGUCGUUCCGACGCCGAUCUCAUUUUCGACACGUCCUACCCGGACAUACAGCCGUACCUGUUCAAAAUACACUACAACCUGUCCGACGCUUCGUCUUCCUCAGUCAGUAAUACUGUUAAAAAGAUAUUAAGUGUGUACUCCUCGUGAUGUAUAUUGAGUUUUUGUGCGCUGUAAAUGUUACCGAAGACAAUUGUGGAUUUUGUUGGGAUGCCUUAAGUGAUAUUAUCCAUGGGGGACAGAACUAUCGGCUGCCAAUUGUGAGAGAACUAUGGGAACAGUGUUUGGAGGUUCGCGAAUUAUUCUAACGAGACAGCUUUUCACCGGUAAACCUGAAACGUAACUUUAAAUGUGUUUAAUUAGUUUAAUUAGAAAUAUUAUGAAUCGGAAGUGCAAUUAUGGAGAAUGUUGUAAAUAUUCUAAAUUUAUAAAUACAUCGUUGUUGUAACGUAGUUAGAGAUAUCCGCAAUGUCGCUAAUGCAAUAUUGUACUUAUGCUUAUAUUAUGCACAAAGUGAUAAAUGAUUGUUUUUUUUGUUGUUAUUAUUGGACGCGGCUCGAUUUUAUGUGCUUUUGUAUUAUGCGAGUAUAAUAAUUCUGUUGUAACUACCAUCCGACCGUCAUUAAUUAUUUUAGAUCCAGUUUUUUAAUCUAUAAUUUUGGCAAUUUUAUAUGUACAUAAAAUCUGUCAAAUUCAUAAAACCCAAAAUGCGCGCCAAGUUAUAACGAGAUACUUUUGUCUGCAUGUUGCUCUUUCUUUCAUUUCAUCCCAACGAAAGGGAGAGAACCAUUCGUUGUUAUGGGAUGAAAGAGAGUGAUAUUAUUUAUGAUAUUCCUUUAGUUGCAGAAGAGUGGAAGGAGAAACUCAGUCUCCGUUCAAAGUCGGUUCCAAAUUAUAUGAAUGGUACAGAGCUGAAAAUUGGCCAUAAAUUAGGACUAUUAAGGAGAACUUCAACCAAUUUUCAAAGAAAUCUAUAUUUGCCUGGUCAGUCAACUUACUUGAUACAAAAGUGGGCAAUAAUUUGUAUCCCUUUGACAUAAAAUUUAUUGCAUUAUCAGUGUCAAUAAGGAUUUGACAGUCACUUGACACAAUACGGCAAUAUAUAGUGUCAAAUCCGUAGGAAAACUGUCAGUUUGAUAAACAGAACAUUUGACAUAAUAUUUGACAAUGACAUCACAUUCAUUGAUUGACUUUGAUAUUGACAGCCCGCGUUAGAAAAUGCCUGACAAUCAUUGAAAUACUCAUCAAAGAGGGUGCAUAGAUUACUAUAAUAGGUGUGGAAAUAAUGAAAUCAGCUUAUUUACCCUGUUGGUGAAUAUUAUUUCAGCUAAGAUUCUAAUGGAGUAAUCAAGUAAAACAUACAAGAUUUUCAGUACAUUUUUCAUAUCUGUAUUGUUCUGAAAAUGGGUUUAAUAUUUGACAUCUCCUUUAUGCGUUCUUUCAUUUUUUUUUUUUAAUAAAAGAAUAUUUGCCAUAUUUUUUAUAAUUUGACCAAUAUUCCCAUUCCCCUCCAAGUAGUCUGGAAAGACUGUGCUAGGAGUGGGUACAACAAUAGACUAACGGGGCGGGGAUCGAACCACCACCCCUUGGUGAUGAGUCCGACCGCUCUUACCGUUGAGCUAUUGAGGCUUACAUUUUUCAGGCUUUCAUUGCUAUGGAACUAAAGAUAGAGCCAUUUAUUUUGAUAUAGAUAGAUACAAUUAUUUUGUUCUUUUGGCGCGCAUCUGCUGGUUAUCUAACUAUUGAAAAACAACCCUUAGUAGUAACAUAAAUAAUUUAAUCGGAGCUCUGAAUCCGCAGGCUGGUUGAAGUGUCCAUUCAAUUUUAUUUAAGGUUUGACAAUUGUUUGUGUAACGUAAGGUUUGGUUCGUGUUAAUGCAUACUGAGUAAAACUAUUGCACUAUAAAUUAGAUUUAAAGCCGUAUAAAUUAAACAUAAGAGGCAUUGUAGUGUAAGGUUAGGCCCUUGAAACCAUGUGUUCCUGACAGAUUGUCAUCUAAUCACAAUCCAAUCCAAUACGACAGUCACACUCCAAUCUUAGGUCUUCUUCUCUUUUUGUGUCCAUAAGAUAUAUGGCUAAUAUACAAACAGCAUGAAAAAACGCUUUCCUAGACUCUAGGAAAGCAUUUUUUCAGUGGGUGCUCUGUAGUAUUAAAAUCCCUGCAAGCUCGGCGUGUCUGCACUACAAAACUUGGUUAAAAACGAUCCGCCUAUAAUCGCUUUCCAACUUUCAAUAUUGACUAUUGCUGUUUAAAAUUAAAUAGUUUAAAACUUUGCCAAUAGAUGCGUCUGUCGGGACUAUUGCUGAGUAGUUAACUUUGCCAAUAGAUGCGUCUGUCGGGACUAUUGCUGAGUAGUUGAAUUUGCCAACAGAUGCGUCUGUCGAGAAUAUUGCUGAGUAGUUAACUUUGCCAAUAGAUGCGUCUGUCGAGAAUAUUGCUGAGUAGUUAACUUUGCGAAUAGAUGCGUCUGUUGGGACUAAUGCUGAGUACCUAGUUAACUAUGCCAAUAGGUGCGUCUGUCGGGACUAUUGCUCAGUAGUUAACUUUGCCAAUAGAUCAGUCUGUCGGGACUAUUGCUGAGUAGUUGACUUUGCCAAUAGAUGCGUCUGUCGGGAAUAUUGCGGAGUAGUUAACUUUGCCAAUAGAUGCGUCUGUCGGGACUAUGGCUAAGUAGAUAACUUUGCUAAUAGAUGCGUCUGUCGAGACUAUUGCUGAGUAGUUAACUUUGUCAAUAGAUGCGUCUGUCGGGAAUAUUGCUGAGUAGGUAACUUUGCCAAUAGAUGCGUCUGUCGUGAAUAUUGCUGAGUAGAUAACUCUCGCUCGCUGUGUGUCUAGUUUUGUAUAAAAUGUGCGAGACACUGUGCAGUACUGCCUGGUUUUGUGGAAACUCUGUGUCUGGAAUUGAAGACUCAACAUAGACAAUAUUUAUCAUUCUAGAAAUAAAGGAUAGACAGUAUGUAAAUUUCAGUUCCGCUACACAAAGAAGACGGACCAGUUUGGGCCCAAAAUGUUAUAGAAAAAAAUAAAUGAACAAAAAAAUCUUAAUUUUAUAAUAAAUUAAAAUCAACAAAAACAAUUAGACUUCUUGAUUUUUUUUGUAACAUAUAUUUUUUGAUGAAAUAGUGCAUUAAUAAUGUAUGUACUUGGCCAUAUCUUAUUUAUGCAACUGUCCAUCUAACUGAAAUUAAUAAAGUAAAUUAUUAUUUAAUAAAUGGUACUAAUUUGGAAAAUGUAAAGGUUCAUUAAUCAAAUCUGGGCCUAGCAAUGUAUGAAAAAUGGUCGGUCUCCUUCAUGGCGUAUAAUUCUUCUAUUCCAAACACAGAGUAAAGCUAAAACACAUUCGCAACACUCCACCCAUUGGCGCGUUACUCGACUCGUAUCUAUUUAAUUGCGUAAAGUCCGGCCGCUCAGAGAUUGCGUUUCCGACGGGUCGUGAUCGAAUGGGACAAAAAUAUUCAAUUACAAUUGUCUCGUUAUUUUGUCUCAUCGCUACAAAGACAAACAGUUAGCAUAACCUUGAAACCGCUCAGUUCAACAACCCUGUACGCCAGUUCAAAGUUCGUUCAAACAUCGCCCAUUCGAUCACGUGAACGCAAUCUCUGAGCGGCCGGAGUUUGUUCUUUGUUCGGUCACAUUGAAAUGACCAAAUCUAUUGAAUGAAAGUUGUAAAAUAUGUGAUUAGAAUUUAUUCGACUUAAUUAAUUUGUAAUAUUUUUUAUGUCGAGUAAAAUAUUUUUAUAUUUUCUAAAAUCAAAAUCAAAAUCAAAAAUCAUUUAUUUCAAGUAGGCUCAGUUUACAAGCACUUUUGACACGUCAGUUGACUAUUUGUAAAGAUUCUACCACCGGUUCGGAAGGCAGGUUCUGCUGAGAAGAUACCGGCAAGAAACUCAACAGUUUUCAUUAAAUAUUCAUAUUUUAGUCGCGGACUAUAGUUGUGGUGUGUUGCUAACGUGUUAAUUAAAAACAAAUUAUGUACAAUACUAAUAUAAUGUCACUUAUUUAAUAUUCUGACACGUACUUUUUUGCGUUAAACGUGUUAAGGUGACGAUACAUUAUUUUUGUUAUCAUUUAAUUAAUUAUUAAAUAAUUAAUUUAGAAUAAUUGUGCGGACAUCGACGAAUAAGUUUAAGAAUCAACAAAUCGAGUUAUUAUCCGUGAUAAACACUGUAAUAUGGUACAUAGUGUAGCAAUUAUAGUCUAUUGACUAUUUGUAUUUUAUAUAAUGAAAAAUAAAUCGCUUUGUGAUAUUGCAUACAAACGUGGAAAUCGAUUGUUGUUUGUGGUAAAGAUAUUUUUAAUUUAAUUUUAGAGUAUUAUAAUGCAAUCGACUAAAACGUUUGUGGUCUGCUAAAGAGAUUGUAUUAGAGUCUUUGAAAUGAACUAAAUUUAUUAAAAUUAAGCAGGACCUCUAGCCAUGUAACGCAUUGAUUCUCUUGCUACAAACGCUUCGAAAACUAAAAAAAAUAUGUAGGUAAGUUACAUAACCGAUUGGUAGGUUGAUCACGUGGCCUAUCGAUAACGAAUUUUAUUUACAUUUUUUGUUUUUUGAAGUGUUAGCGCUUGUAGAAAGCGAAUCGAUGUGUAACAUGGCUAGAGGCCCAGGAAAUAACACAUCAGGGCCUGUGGGUAAGGCACGUCGAUACUCUUUCUACAAAGGAGAAAACUAACAAUAUGUAUGGGAACGACAGAUCCAAUCGACAACUUGAUCACGUGACCUGUCGAUAACAAAUGUCAUUCCCAUACCAAUAUUUUUAAUUUUCGAAGCGUUAGCGUUUGUAGAAAGAGAAUCGACGUGCCACGUGGCUACAAGUCCAGCCCCCCCAGCCAAGUGGCACGUCGAUUCUCUUUCUACGAUCGCUAUCGCUUCAAAAACUAGAAAGAUGUAUGGGAAUGACAUUUGCUAUCAACAGGUCACGUGAUCAAGAUCUGUCAUUCCCAUACAUUUUUCUAGUUUUCGAAGCGUUAGCGAUCGUAGAAAGAGAAUCGACGUGCCACAUGGCUACAGGCCCAGCCCUCCUAGCCAAGUGGCACGUCGAUUCUCUUUCUACGAUCGCUAUCGCUUCGAAAACUAGAAAAAUGUAUGGAAAUGACAUUUGCUAUCGACAGGUCAUGUGAUCAAGAUCUGUCAUUCCCAUAUAUUUUUGUAGUUUUCGAAGCGUUAGCGAUUGUAGAAAGAGAAUUGACGUGCCACUUUGCUAGGGGGGUAGGUCUUUUAGACCUAUCAAUUUAGUCUACUUUCGAGAUUUGUUUACAAUUGAUCUAGCAUUGUGAAAUUACGUGUUUGUAUAUAUUUAGAUGUACAGAUAUUAUAAUAAUGUGUAAUGUAUUAAUAAAUCUUUGUCAUUUCGUAUUUUCCUUCAGAUAGUCAAGUUUUAAUAUUGAGAGCUUUAUUGAACUAAUGCUAGCGUAACACGAUUUAUUUCUACAAUACUCGAGUAAAUGUAGAAAAAUACUAGUAAUGUAUCAAAUGUAUUUAUUGUAUUUUCGUUGAUUUGGGAAAUGUGGAAAUGUUGCAUGAAUUAUCAUAGUUUAUUUGUAUGAAAGGUUAUGUCUAUUUUGAUUAUAAAAAAACUGCGAAUCAGUGAGUGACAUGGGGAGUAAAACUUCUUUUAGUAGGGGAGCCCGGGAUGCUAAAUUUGCAGUUACUCGAGCGUCAUGGGGACCGAUUGCAUUUGGUAGAUUAAAUAAUAGGAACAAAUGGUUAUUUAAUUUUUUCGCUUUUAGCGGUAGUAAGAAAAACUAUAGACUUUAAAAGCAAUUUUUAUUACCUUGGCUUACUGAAGUUGUCAGAAAAUUUUAGCGAUUAAUCAGGAGGUUAUUUCCUACAAAAUGAAUAAAAAAUUAAUCGCGCACGUAUCUCGAAAACUAAAAUAAAAGGGUUUUUAUUUUGUAACUUUGAAACCCUCCCAUUCCAUAUGUUAUGCUCAAAUCGUCAUAUUUUCGAAAUCUGCAGUUUUUAGCUAUCAACUCGCCUGCUGGUGCUGCAUGGCAUAAUCUGGUGCUGGUUGAGUAUUUGUGAAGUUAGUUUUUUUUUUGGUUGCCCUAAACGUACUUACCAAUAUUAAGGGCUCAUACUUGGUGGAGGUACUCAACAACGUGCAAGGCAUAGUCCCUUAUGUUUGUUUAUCUGCGGCGUUCGAGUAACUGCAAAAAUCCCCUCUUCAGCUCGCCUACUAUUUGGUCUAUCGUCAAACUUUGUCGAAGUUAAUUCAGAAAACAAUACGAACAUAUUAUUUAUCUGUAUUACAAGAAACAGAAAUUUAUUAAUUUCAACUAUAAUUUACUAUAGAAAUAACAUGAAUAUGUAACUCCCAAUGUUCUUAUAAUAAUAUUAUGGCAAUAAGAAUGGGGAUGAUGACUAGGUUUGAAUAUAUUGAUUUUUAUGAUACAUUCGGGUAAAUAGGGUCAAUGUUAACUAAUUUAUACAUAAAUAGCAAAGAUUGUCUGGAUAUUUGCAAAAUAAAUGAGAUUAUAAAAUUUCAAAACUAUUAAAAAUUUUUUAUCGUAAUUAGAUGAAAAUUCAUACAGUUUUAGCUUCCUUACAUUAAAUGUGACAUUUUUUAAUAUAUGAACUAUAAAGAUAAACGCACAAAUAACAAAGAUAUUAGUAAUUUUGUUUGAACGCGCAUACAAAUCUAACGAUCAUUACGUUGCCUAUGACGUCAUUUUUUCGUGCCAUUUUGUAUGGGGCGUUUUUCAGGGAUCCGCGGCAGCGCCGCAAAUCUGACUCUUUAAAUCCCUGUAGCUCUGAAAGUAAUGAUCGCAGCUACCCUGUUCCUUUUACAAAAUUGCUUUACUAUUAGUAUACUCUUAAUUUAUAUACAAUUUAAAAAACUGUCAUCAUCCCUAUUACCAGUGCGCCUUUAAAAUUUUUGUACAUCAGCUAUCAUAAACAAAGAUAUUAAUAGUUCUUAUUCUUAAACUGAAACUAGAUAACUAAAUAUUCAGAUUGAAACUGUUUUCCCUUCAAAAUGCUCCUUUUCCCUCGUUAUCAGCCCAUAUUCUGCUCACUGCUGAGCUCGAGUCUCUUUUUCGAAUGAGAGGAGUUAAGCCAUAUCAUCAGACUUUACACACGCAGAGAAUUAAUAAAAUUCUCUAGUUUGGCAGGUUUCCUCACGAUGUUUUCCUUCACCGUUUGAGACACGUGAUAUUUAAUUUCUUAAAAUGCAUACAACUGAUAAGUUGGAGGUGCAUGCCCCGGACCGGAUUCGAAACCUCUGGAAUCGGAGGCAGAGGUCAUUUCACGGUUUUUUUUUCCCUAAAUAUCGCAAUUAGGGAAAAGGAGGGUUUUCUGAAGGGUUACUACUAGUUUUACACCAGUCAAUUUAGUGUAGUGAAUUCAAUAAACACUUAGUGCUAUAGAAUUAACUCCAUUCUAAGAAGUUCUAAAAACAUUCGUUUCAUAACGUAGGUUAAAUGUAUAGCGACUUAUAUUUUUUAGUAAUUUUCUCUACAGAUAUGAACGCUUCACAUGAUAUUUUAACUGUUUAAAAUUUUUAUAUAUAUGUAUAUCCAAAUGAAUUAUAAACCUAACCUCAAAAUAUCAUUUUAGUACAAACACUUUAUUAAGAGAAAACCAGAGUAGAAGUUUAUUUCUGUAAGAUAAUUAUUAAUCUAACUGUGGACAGGCGCGCAUGUAAAUAUAAAUUAGUUUGUAUUACAUAAUAUUAUUCUGUUUGAGUUGUUUUUUACUGUUGUCAAAAGUUUUUACGGAUAUUUUAAUUUGGUUUUUAGUCAAAAAAAGAUUGACUAGACGAUGGAUGUUCGCAAUCGACGCGUCGCAUUUGACGUCAGUAUACAUCAAGUCUACAGUUAUGUUUCGUUUAGUCGCGAUAGUCGCAGCACAUCGCGACAAUCGCGUUUUUUUAUUUACGAUAGGAGUCACUUUAGAUUUCCUUUAAUAUAAUUGAAUAAGGCUUUAUUGUGCAGAAGUAUACAAUAAAUAAUACAGAAUUGCAAUAUUUCCUGACCAUUCUCGGAUCUGAGUGAAAGGUUAUUGACUGGUAUGUCAACUUUCUAUGGAAAAUACUAAACUAAAUUUAUUAUUAUUCAUUGUUCAUCAAUGUUUCAUGCGUAUUUCUACUUUGUGAACUGUCCUAUAAAUACCUUUAUUUAGUCUAAUCGGGCGGAGCAAUGAGUCCGUCCAACGAAUUUCUAAUUAUUUACUUUCCUACCUCAUUUUGUGACUGUAGCAUUAGCGUGUUUGUACCUAUCAAUUUGUAUAUAUUAACACAUACAAACAAUACCUACUUUGUCAGUGCAUCCAAAGAGACCAAUGUCGACUCUACAGGCAAAAUAUAACUUGGUCUUUGCCCGUGCGUUACAAGGCUGCGGGUGGUUGGAGUGGGCGACAGUAGCACUAUUCAUUCAUCCACUCAUAAAUGAAUGAAUCAUUCAUUCAUUCAUUCAUUCAAUGAAUGAUUGAGUGAUUCAUCCACUCAAUUAUACCCUGCGCUGGUAAGGACCCGGUUAAGUGCUUUGCCUAUAGCUUUGCGGAAUUAUAGUUUUAUUUGGGUGCAUUGUAAGAUAAUAUUAUAGUAAUAUAUGUGGGUUUGUGUGUAAAGGCGUUGUUGUUUCAUUACACGCACACGUAGAGCAUGUUUGCAGUUUUUAAAAUAAUAGUAUUGAUUAAUUGGUUGCAUAACCGUUUGUGUAUACGUUUCUUGGGCCGUAUUGACUUAUGGCUGUAUGAUUCAUUCACUAUAUGCACUAAAACCUGAGCAGCUUUGAGUAUUUUCGUUGCCUAUGUGUGAGUGUGCACCAAUGGGACAUCGCCUUAACAAGUUUAGUUGGUUUCCUAAAUACGAGUACAUGAAAAUAGUUGUAAUUAACUUAUAGACAGUGAGAGACAAAAAUACUAGCCAAGGCCGUGAAUUUUGAAUUUUAAGUAAGUCCUCGCUCGCGCGGUACACGUGUGUGGUAUCAAGAUUGAGGGAGUGAAUGAAGCUUGCCUGUCAAUGAAUGAAUGAAGAAUGCGACCAUUUUUCCUUCUCUCUCUGUCUCUUUACCAUCUAUCAUACCGCCGCAUCCCUGUCUCUACGGCGCGGCGAGGACUUAAUAGAUUUGCCUAUAGAAUAUCGCUCUACAGAUCCGCAUCGUAAGUAUCGGACGCAUCGCAACGAACGGAUUUUUAACUUCACGGUAGAUAAAAUCAGUUCGAUGCGAUUAAUCAGUGACUUUCAGACAGACUUUCUAUACAAAGAAUACUAAAAUCCAUUUGAUGCGACGCGUUCGAUACGUACGAUGCGAAUCUGUGGACGUUUGCUAUAAUUGACCAAUUAAUGUCAAAACUGAAAUUCAAGAUCUAUAUUAUUGUCAGCCUAUUUAUAUAUUUAUUAUACAUACAUGUGUGUACAGAUGAAAGUAUUAGUCUCAAAGAGUAGGUAUGUCGGUAUCUCAUAGUGGCUUUUAGUUUCUCAUAUGAUCUAUACGUACAAGCAAGUUUGCACUAAAACCAAGCAUAUUUUGUCUUUAACAUUCUAUCGUUUGAUCAUUGUUUUCAUGCUUUUUUUUUAAAUUCACUUUAUGAAUUUCAAAUACUGUUGGAAAUGUUGAAUUUUAAAUAGAUUCAGAUUACAGACUAGCUAGCCCCUGCAGUUUUACCUGCCUACCAAUUUACUCGUUAAAUCUACAGCUAUAGCAUGAUGUUAAAUAUCUUCUAACCUGCCGAAAUUACCACCCCGAGCUUGUCAACCCGAAUUGGUGCAGGGUGGUGGAUUUAGGCUCCAUAUCCUCUCUUCUACAAGGCCUGGCCCUGUGAGGCAAUUGUCAAAAUAGGAUAAUGACGAUGAUGAAUGUACAAUAGGCAAGUUGACACUUUUUUUAAUAGGGUCUUAAAUUGUUCAUUAUCGUUCUUACUACAUAAAAAUUUUAAUUUUGAAAUAUUUUUUUGAUGAGCCUUAUAUUCCUUUAUUUACAUCGUAAAAUCGUGACGUCUCAAAAUGGACGACAGCGUAUAUGGCGUUUGAAAAAAUUACAAUUUAAAUUUUUCUAUGAAAUCCAUAGCAUAUCCUAUUAAUUGAUAUCUAUAUAUUUCGGACCCUUAUUCAUUAAAUUUUAUAUGAGUCAACUACCCUAUUGUAGUCUCUCUACAGUCUGAUUAUAUAAAUCAAGUCUCUAGGACCAUAAUGGUUCUUAUUUCUAAUUUAUUGAAAUUAUUAACUUGCCUUAUUUUAUCGGAAUUAUAUUAUUUUGUCACCAAAGAUGAGGCUGUAUAACAUAGUGUUUUUUUUUUAAAUUGAAGUUAUUAUUAUUUGUCAAGUCUCAACAAUUUCAUAUCAGAGAAGUACCUUUGAAAAGAAACUCGGGUUUUAAAUCUAUUAAUGUAUGGAUCUGGUGAUAAGACAAUAUAUAUUAUUCAAUUUUGUUUUUGUAUAGAUGUGUGUGCCUGUUGUAUUAUAGACUAGGAGCAUGUAGUAGUCAGACAUUCCUCAUUCUGUGAGGGCUGACAGUUUGUCAGCUUAUGCGGAGUCUACCUUGAGUAAAAAAAACCGGCCAAUUGCGUGACGGGCCACGCGCAUUGUAGGUUUCCGUAGAUUAAGUAAGCACUUUAAACCCUUAUUUAAUGCACAUAAAUACUGGUAACUAUACCCACACCAUGGGAUAGACGUUAAAAAAUCAUCCUCAUUUUGCAUGUAGGGAAGGAACCCCAAAAAUGUUAUAUACAUUCAAAAUCCAGACCCCCAACCGUAAAGCGGAUUUUUUUUAUAACUUAGUUACGCUUUCUACUUGGAGUAAUUCUGCUACCAAGGUCCAAACUACAUAAUAGGCUAGUUGACCCUUUUUUUAUUAUUUAAUAAUUAUCAUAUUUUUGAGACAUGAAUAAAUAAAAAAAAAAAUAUUCUAUUCACAAUACGAGCCUAAAUGCUAUCGGCCAUGAUAGUCUAUAUUUCGACUGUUUCAUGACGUCACACUAAACACUAAACCUUAAUCAAAAUUGUGUUUAACAAAAUUAUUAGUUAGUAAUUAGUUUGACGUUUAUUCAGUUACAAUUUUAGUGAUCAUCAUGACGUCACAAUAUGGGCGAUAGCGUUUUUGACGUUUGGAAAAUUUAUUAAAUUGAUAUCGAUAUUAAAUUUGAUAUCAGUCAACUAUUGACUACCGUACUUGGCUAUGGUAGGAAUAUGGGCUGUCAAAUUUUCAGCCUUAAUGAAAUGAAGUGUGUCUGGCUAGCACAGGCUCUUUUAUUAGAGUUAUGUCGGGCACUUAAUUUUCUUAUAGGUACUGCACUAGCUAUGGCCUUAUUUGACGAUGAUGUUUAAGUACGUGUUAAUAGUCCAAGAUCCGGCAUUAGAAAUAUAUACCCUCAUCUGUUAUUUAUUAGUGAUAAGAAAUUCAUGAUACGAUAAUAUUCACAGUGACAUAAUGCAAAUAGAUUGCCUAGUUAAAUUGCGACCCGAUACAUUUUACGUACACAAUCAAGAAAACCAUGAACUAGAUCUAGGCAACUUAAAACAGUUAAAUUAAUAAUAAAAUAAGACUAAAUAACUACUAAUACAUUUACUCACCUGUCUAUCUAGCAACCCCAUAGUUGCAGAGGUAUAAGCAGGCAACAUUUACGUUUUAUAUUCUGUUAACUAGUUAGUGUACAUUUUUUUUAAAUUAAUCAAUGUGAUGGAAGUAGAUUUAAUAAAUUUAAAAAUAAAAAUAAUCAUUUAAUAAUAUCCGGCCGCAAUUUAAAUAGGCAACUUAUUUGCAAUGUGUCAAUGUGAAUAUUAUCUAUCAUUUAUUUCUUAUCACAAAUAAAUAACAGAUGAUUGUAUAUAUUUCAUAUGUCGGAUCUCGUACUAUAAUGUGAAUGGCUGUUAUAUAUUAGAGUGUAUGACAAGAGUAUAUGUUGUGAUUUAUCAGUUCAAAGUAAACGGAAAUCGUAGUCUUGUGAUAAUGUAUAAAAAUGUGAAUAAAUGAUGAAGUAUUAUUA